GUCCGAAAUAUCAUAUCAAGCAGUGACGAGUGACUCAGAUGUGACAAGUUGUGACAGCUGCGUGGGUGACAAUGUGGUGUUCACGCUGAGACUUGCACCAACGUUAACAACGACAUGACAACUGUGUCGCCAUUCGCUCGCAGCAGCGCGUUCGACGAGCCCCGCAUCAGCGGGCGCGAGCAGACCAUUGAAGAAAUGUACAGCGUCCCUGAGAGCUUCUUAGAAAUUGAAGUUCGCAAUCCUCAAACACAUGGUUUUGGUAGAAAGAUGUAUACCGACUACGAGAUCGUGUGCAAGACAAACAUUCCUGCAUUUAAGCUGCGCCAUUCCCUCGUCCGGCGCCGUUAUUCUGACUUCGAGGCGUUCCGCGAUAUCCUGGAGCGCGAAUCCACCCGCGUCAACAUCCCUCCACUCCCUGGCAAAGUCUUCACCAACAGAUUCUCUGACGAAGUCAUUGAGAGUCGGAGGGAGGGACUGGAACGGUUCUUAAGCAUUGUUGCUGGUCACCCACUCCUGCAGACCGGUAGUAAGGUUCUCUGCGCAUUUAUGCAGGAUCCUGCCUGGGAGAAGUCUCAAUGGGUGUAAACCACCUAGGUCAUACUUGUAAUAAUCACUUCGGAAGACAACCUUGACAUACGUUAUGUACCCUUCUGCUACACUCUCUUGUAUAUUUUACGUUGUUUGUUUUAUGCCGUGCCUCACUAUAGAUUCAUUUUUAUCUGUCGAUCACUCAGCGUAGAUUGGAAGGACUACAUCUGAUGAUGCUCGUGAACAACAAUAUCUAAUACAGAUCUACCACAAGUGUUCAGCGCGCAAAUCAGAACUUCAGAAGUCGAAUCACUUACCGCAGAUCCAUGGAGAAACCCGU